AGCAGCUGCUGCCCUAGAGCAAAGCCCCGGUAAUGGCCGGGAGGCGACUCCACCCCCGCGGGGUGGGCUCUGUUGCUGCAGACAUCGCUCCUGCAAUACCAACACUCGCAAGCAGACGACGGGCUCCUGCCGCGGCUCGCCUUGCCCACUGAGGGGCGGGGUAUCUUUCGAGUGCCCCCUAGAGUUUUGGAGCGUGCAUUAGAGUGACAUAAUUUUUUCAAGUUCUAGUGGUUCAUACUUGAAAAUGGUUAUGUGUGUCGAUUUCCCUUAAAACCUUUGAGGUUGUUUGAGAAUCCUGCGGUUGUGUGUUCAGUUGUGUCUCAUAUUUUCAAGAUGGAUGCAGUUGCUUUGAGCAAAAUCUUUAUAUAGAUGCUUAUUUUCAAAAAAACAUUUCCUGCUUGACUAGAGAAGUGAGCAAAGUUCCCAGGAUCAAAAAGGCAUUGGAAAACUUUAACUUUACAAAUUCCUUGAUGUUUUUGAAUAAUUUUUCUGGAAGGCCAGAAGGUAGCUGAAAAUUGGCGUUAUCUGAACCUACGUCUGGUUUAUAAGGGCUUAUCACAAUGGCAACUGGCCUAGCCAAUGUAGGAAGCUCUUUUGGAGGUCCAUCUAAUUCUCUGGUGUCUAGAUCUAAGUUCCAGAGUACCUCCAUAGAAGAUGAUGAUGAUGUUGUAUUUGUUGAACCUGUACAGCCUCCACAAAUCUCUACACCAUUAAUAACAGACCACAGAAAUGUUUUUAAUUCAUCCAGUAAUGAAGAGCAACAUGGAAAUGACCCUAAAAUAUCAGCUCCGUCAAAAGACAUGAGUGCUCAGAAGGGAAGUAUAACUGAGACUAUUAUUAUUGAUGAUGAAGAAGACAUUGAAACAAAUCAGGGACAAGAGAGAAAUGAUUCCAGUUUCAGUGAAAGAAGAUUUCCAGAGGGUAAAAACAGAACCAAUGAAAUGGAAUUCUCAACAUCCAGUUUUUCAAGAAGUAAGGUAAAUGCAGGAAUAGGUAAUAGUGGUAUAACCACAGAACCAGACUCUGAAAUUCAAAUAGCUAAUGUUACUACAUUAGAAAGAGGUAUGAGCUCUGUGAGUGUUGGCCGUUUAGAAAAUACUGAAGGGCGUGACAUGAACUUAAUGAUAACACAUGUAACAUCACUACAGAAUACCAACUUGGGAGAUGUAUCUAACGGACUGCAGUCAAGUAAUUUUGGUGUUAAUAUACAAACAUACACCCCAUCUUUAACUUCACAGACCAAGACUGGUGUAGGACCUUUCAAUCCUGGUAGAAUGAACGUAGCUGGUGAUGUCUUUCAGAAUGGAGAAUCUGCAACUCAUCAUAAUCCAGAUUCCUGGAUAUCUCAGUCAGCUUCAUUUCCAAGGAAUCAGAAGCAGCCAGGUGUAGAUUCCCUGUCUCCUGUGGCAUCUCUUCCCAAACAAGUCUUCCAACCACCUGCACAACAGCAACCUUCAAAGCAGGUUAAAGUUACAUGUGCUAACUGCAAAAAGCCUUUGCAGAAGGGCCAGACAGCAUAUCAGCGGAAAGGAUCUGUUCAUCUAUUUUGUUCUACUACUUGCCUUUCAUCAUUUUCACAUAAACCAGCUCCAAAGAAACUCUGUGUUAUGUGCAAAAAAGACAUAACAACAAUGAAAGGUACCAUUGUUGCUCAGGUUGAUUCAAGUGAAUCUUUCCAGGAGUUUUGCAGUACAUCAUGUCUGUCUUUCUAUGAAGACAAACAGAAUCCCUCAAAAGGAAUCUUAAAUAAGUCAAGAUGCACUAUCUGUGGUAAACUAACUGAGAUACGCCAUGAAGUUAGCUUUAAAAACAUGACUCAUAAGUUGUGUAGUGAUCACUGCUUCAAUCGAUACCGAAUGGCAAAUGGUUUAAUCAUGAAUUGUUGUGAGCAUUGUGGAGAAUACCUUCCAAGUAAAGGUGCAGCAAACAAUAUUCUUAUGAUUGAUGGAGAGCCGAAAAGAUUCUGUUGCCAAAGCUGUGUUAGUGAAUAUAAACAGAAAUAUGGCAAAUUAACCGCUUGUACUGGUUGCAGAGUUCAGUGCAGGUUUUUUGAUAUGACACAGUGCAUAGGAACUAAUGGAUAUAUGGAGCCAUACUGCUCAACCACAUGCAUGAACACACACAAAUCAAAAUAUGCAAAAUCACAAAGUUUGGGAAUUGUUUGCCAAUUUUGUAAGCGAAACUCUUUACCUCAGUAUCAAGCCACAAUGCCUGAUGGAAUACUGUACAACUUUUGCAGUUCCAGUUGUGUAGCUAAAUUUCAGACUCUUAAUGUACCAUCUUCAACCAAUGGCCAGUUUGUGGCUCCAAGCGAUAUUCAGUUGAAAUGCAAUUAUUGUAAAAAUACUUUCUAUUCAAAACCUGAAGUACUGGAAUGGGAAAACAAAGUGUACCAGUUUUGCAGUAGAAUUUGUUCUGAUGACUACAAGAAGUUACACUGUAUAGUAACAUACUGUGAAUACUGUCAAGAGGAGAAGACUUUGCAUGAAACGGUAAAAUUUUCUGGUAUCAAGAGACCAUUCUGUAGUGAAGGUUGCAAGCUGCUAUAUAAACAAGAUUUUGCAAGACGGUUAGGAUUACGCUGUGUUACUUGCAAUUAUUGUUCUCAACUCUGUAAAAAGGGAGCAUCAAAGGAACUUGAUGGAGUAGUAAGAGAUUUCUGUAGUGAAGAGUGUUGCAGAAAAUUUCAAGACUGGUACUAUAAGGCUGCAAGGUGUGAUUGCUGUAAAAUUCAAGGAACUCUUAAAGAGAAAGUACAAUGGAGAGGAGAAAUGAAGCACUUCUGUGAUCAGCAUUGCCUUCUGCGUUUCUACUGUCAACAAAAUGAACCAAAUAUGGCAACACAAAAAGGGCCAGAAAACUUACAUUAUGAUCAAAAUUGCCAAACUCCCCGAACAAAAAACACAGGAUCAGCCCCACCUCCUUCCCCUACACCAAAUAAAGAAAUGAAGAACAAAGCAGUUCUCUGCAAACCGCUAACGAUGACAAAGGCUACCUUCUGUAAACCGCACAUGCAAACAAAAUCUUGUCAGACAGAUGAUGACUGGAAAAAAGAAUACAUCCCUGUGCCUGUUCCUGUACCAGUAUAUGUACCUGCUCCUAUGCAUAUGUAUAGUCAAAAUGUUCCAGUUCCUACAACGGUUCCUGUUCCAAUUCCAGUUCCAGUUUUUCUACCUACUACGCUGGAUAGCAGUGAGAAGAUACUUGAAGCAAUAGUAGAACUAAAAAAUAAAAAUCCCCCCAGUCCUGAAGAGACUUCAAAUUUAUUGAAUGUAACAGAAGAUAUUUCUGAAAAAAAAGAGCAUGUAGAACCCGCAGAGCUCAAAAUUAUAGAUAUAAUAACUGAGACAGAAUUGCUUAAUUCUGUGACAGAAACACAGAUAAGCUUGCCUGAUGUCCCAUAUGAGCCAGAUCUUGAUAUUGAGGUCGAUUUUCCUAGAGCAACAGAAGAACUUGACACAGAGAAUGAAUUUUUGCUACCACCUGUAUUUGGAGAAGAAUACGAGGAACAGCCAAGACCUCGAAGUAAAAAGAAGGGACUAAAGAGAAAAGCGGUGUCAGAAUACCAUUCUCAAGAUGAUGGCUCUGAGAACUCAGAGUGCAGUUUUCCUUUCAAGUAUGCAUAUGGUGUGAAUGCAUGGAAACACUGGGUAAAAGCUAGGAACCUAGAGGAAGAUCUUUCAGUACUAGAUGAGCUAAAAUCAACAAAGUCAGUAAAAUUGAAAGAAGAUAUUAUAUCACAUACUUCUACUGAGCUAAAUUUUGGGCUGGCACACUUUGUAAAUGAAGUCCGAAGACCAAACGGAGAAAACUAUGCACCUGACAGUAUCUAUUAUUUGUGUCUUGGGAUUCAGGAAUACCUGAAUGGAAGCAAUCGAGAAGAUAAUAUCUUUUUGGAUAUUAAUUAUCAUACAUUUAUGCAGGAAAUAAAUAAAAUACUCAGAAGCUGGCAGCCCAGCAUACUUCCAGAUGGUUCAAUAUUUUCUCGAGUUGAGGAGGACUAUCUCUGGAAGAUUAAACAGCUGGGAUCCCAUUCUCCAGCUGCUCUUUUAAAUACACUAUUCUACUUCAACACCAAGUAUUUUGGUCUGAAAACAGUGGAGCAGCACUUAAGACUUUCCUUUGGCACUGUUUAUAGACAUUGGAAGAAGAAUCCUCUAACGAUGGAAAGCAAAGCUUGUCUUAGAUAUCAGGUUUCCUCUCUGUGUGGAACAGAUAAUGAAGAAGAUAAAAUUACUGCUGGAAAAAGGAAGCAUGAAGACGAUGAGCCAGUAUUUGAACAGAUGGAAAACAUCGCAGAUCCUUCUAGAUGUCCUGUGAAAAUGUUUGAAUGCUAUUUAUCUAGGAGCCCACCUAAUCUCACUCAGAGAAUGGACGUGUUCUAUUUGCAGCCAGCUUGUCCACUAUCUUCCGAGAGUUCCAUUUGGUAUACUUCCACUUCAGUGGACCGCAAUACUUUGGAAAAUAUGCUUGUACGGGUUCUUUUAGUAAAAGAUAUUUAUGAUAAAGACAAUUACGAACUGGAUGAAGACAUAGAUUAAACACUUCCCAAAUUCAAGAAAACACAACAGCAUUAGCUAGUCAAGCUGCUAGAUUUUUAUUAUGGAAAGAAAAUAAUCAAACAUUUCAAGUUUACUCUUUGUUUAACAUGUUUUGUAGCAGUGUACCCUUUGCUGGGUAUUACCAUGUAUAUAAUAUGUGAGAGAAAACGGCCAUUAUUCUGCAUAGUGGUUUUAGGAUACUUAACAAACAUAUUCAUUUUUAAUUAUUAUUUAUUUGGUUAGAUAUGUUUGUAACUUUUUACAUUGCAAAAUUUGAAUGAGAAUGUGCCAUGUGUAAUAUUCGGGGGGGAGGGUGUCAUAGUAAGCAACAUCCAUAUUGCACAACAUCACUGUUGCAGAGCUUCCUUGAAAGAGUUGGGGCUUUUAAAUGGGUUCUGAAACCAGGUAGUUGUGUAUGGAUAGCACUACUAAAGUUUAGGACUUGCUGUGUAUUUCUGAAUUUUUUAAACAAAUUGUAAACUAAUAGGUUUUUUACUCUUAGUUAUUGAUGCCUUAUGAGGUUAUGUAGAAAGGUUCCAUCUUAUGUACCAAAAAUAGGAAAAAAAAAAGAAUGCUGUUAAUAUUGAUGUACUGUAAUGUGAAUCAAUGCUGGUGAAAAUUACUUUUCUGGGUUGCUCUUAUUAAAAAAAAUCUUAGUAUCUUUC